AUGCGUCCACCUCUUCGGAUUGCCAUUUUAGAGUGCGAUACUCCGCUUCCCAAAAUUGACAGCCAGUACAAUGGCUACUGGGGAGUCUUCAAGACACUUCUGGAAGCAAGCGCCGAAGCCUUGGGUCAACCUGACCGACUAGAUCCAGAUACAGGUCUGGAUAUUACCAAGUGGGAUGUCGUAACUCGCCAGGAAUAUCCAAACAUGGAAGAUGUCGAUGCCGUACUUCUAACUGGGUCGAAACACGAUUCAUAUGAAGAUGUCCCAUGGAUCAAUCGUCUAGUUGAAUUCACCCAAAAAGUACUUGACCAAGACAGAGUCCGUCUAAUUGGAAUAUGUUUCGGACAUCAAAUCGUAGGCCGCGCACUUGGGGCCAGGGUCGGAAAAAGCGAUCAAGGCUGGGAAAUUGCCGUGUGUGACAUGGAUUUAACGGAGGAAGGAAAGAAGUUAUUUGGAUUGGAGAAGAUCCGCAUCCAACAAAUGCAUCAAGACAUUGUUCAGACUUGUCCGCCAAAUAUCGUUCUUUUGGGUUCUUCUCCUCGCUGUGCUGUUCAGGGUCUGUAUUCUCCAGGUCAUUUUGUCACUGUGCAAGGCCAUCCUGAAUUUACAGGCGAAAUUGAGACAGAGAUUAUUGGAACUCGGGCAAAGGCCGGCAUUUUCAGCGAGACUCAGACGCAAGAUGCUUUGAGCAGAGCUGGCAAUGCGCAUGAUGGUGUUGCUAUUGGGUCGACAUUCUUGAAGUUCCUCCUAGAAGAUUAG